AAUAGGGUCGCUUCUGCAAUGAAAAAAAAAUGAAGAAGAAACGGACAACAAUGUUUUCCUGUCCCAAAAUACUUUACUAGAUUGAUUGAAAUUCAUUAAGAAAAAAUGGAUGUUAGAGACUUGGCAACAUAAGAAGAAUAUCCCUUCUCCAUGGACUGACCACACUGUUUCAAAAUGAGGAAUCAAUCAGUGAUGGAGAAAAACGACUAAGGGGAUGGAGCGCUCAAGUCAACUCCAGCCUGCAUUAUAUGGACAAAUGAUGAAUAUCACAAACGAUACCAAUGGGACAGAAUCUCCAGAGCUUGAUGAAAAUGAUGAGAGUUUGGCUUAUCAAACCGGGUUGGCAGUGAUUCUCUUCGUUGUCACACUCGCUACUACUUUAUCCAACGCAUUUGUCAUUGCAACGAUUUAUCAGUCUAAGAAAUUGCACACUCCAGCAAACUUUCUCAUAGCGUCUCUAGCUGUCACCGACCUCUUGGUGUCCAUUCUGGUGAUGCCAAUAUGCGUCCUGUACACGGUGAGUCACACUUGGACUUUGGGACAAGUUACAUGUGACAUUUGGUUAUCCUCAGAUAUAACAUGUUGCACUGCUUCUAUCCUUCACUUAUGCGUAAUCGCUUUGGAUCGAUACUGGGCAAUAACAGACGCCGUUGAGUACUCCAAAAAGCGCACGCCAGCGCGCGCUGCGGGAAUGAUCUUGACCACCUGGGUCAUCGCUAUCUCCAUCUCCCUGCCCCCGCUUUUCUGGCGCCAGGUGAAAGCGGAGGAGUUAACUGAAUGCAAUGUCAACACGGAUCACAUUUUCUACACUAUUUACUCCACGUUUGGAGCAUUCUACAUCCCUACUCUGCUGCUUAUUGUGCUUUAUGGAAGGAUAUACUUAGAAGCACGUAAGAUCAUUUUGAAACAGUCACCCAAAAAGGUAGGGAAAAGACUCACUUCAGCGCACCUGAUCACCAACUCUCCUGGAUCUGUGGCAUCGACAUCAUCUUCUCAGUGUAAAAUACACGAUACCCACUUCAGUGACACGGGGUCCUUGGCAAGUAAGAACCAUGUGAAAGUAACCGUGUCCGACGCACUUUUGGAGAAGAAAAAGAUCUCAGCUGCUAGAGAGAGGAAAGCGACCAAAACAUUGGGAAUAAUAUUAGGCGCAUACAUUAUAUGCUGGUUGCCCUUUUUCAUAUACACCCUGGUGGUGGCCGCCUGUGAAACUUGUUUUUACCCCGAGAUGUUUGACUUUUUCACCUGGCUUGGUUAUCUCAACUCGUUAAUCAAUCCAAUUAUAUAUACCAUGUCCAAUGAUGACUUUAAAAAAGCUUUCCAUAAACUCUUACGCUUCAGAUUUUGCAUAUCCUGA